AUGUCGGAAAGCCAGCAGAUCCUGAAGGAUUUCAUCUGUCGGGACUGUGACCCUGGACUUUACCUUCAUGCACACAGUCUGUCAGCUGUCGUGAGGCAGGUCAGUCUGCUGCAUAUUAUGGGCCUUUCUCUUGUGCUUGCCACUGCCUCCCAGUUUGAAUCAGGACCUGCCUCUCUCCCUGGGCCAGGCAGCCUUUUCUCUUUAAACAACUAUGCAGCAGAUCUGAGUCAGUUUCAGACUUUCUGCCUCCUGGGACUGUGUCAGUGUUGCAAAAAUAGAGGACCAGGGGCUUCCAGAGAGGACUCAGCCCCCAUGGUGGUAACAGGGACCCUAGGGGCUGUCAUUUUGCCCUCGCAGCUGCAGGAUGGGCAGCAGGUGGAGAGCAUCUCCUGGUGUGUCUGUCGUUCGGUCCCCGGGGUAAUAGCCAAGGUAGCCUUGGUAGAAGCUGGAGGGCCGGACACCUUUUACCAGGCAGAAACGCAGUACUGGUGUCGUGUGAGUGUGGUGGGCCCAGGCUGCUCCCUGCAGAUCAGCCACCUGAGCUGGGAGGAUACAGGGUCCUACUGAGCCCAUGUUAAUCUGUGGAGUUCCCGCAUCACCCAUGCCUGGGAGUACAGCCUGCAUGUCUAUGAGCAGCUGGCCCGGCCCCAUGUCACAAUGAGCUCCAGGAUGAGUGGGAAUGGACACUGCCUCGUCAUCCUAACAUGCAUGGCAGAAAGCAGAGGGGGCACUGUGACCUACAGCUGGACACCCCUGGGGCCCCGGACUGUUGUGUCCCAUGGAGGGUCUGUCCUCAGUGUCUCCUUGAGACCUGGGAACAGUGCUCUGAACUUUACCUGCGUGGUCAAGAACUCAGUCAGUAACAGCAGGUCCCUCCCUGUCUUGGUGCCGCCCUCAAGCACAGAGAGUCUGCAAGAGCCCAAUAUCACAGCCAGCUCUCAGAUCAUGAAGGAUGGGACCUGCUUCAUCACCCUGGCUUGCUGGAUGGACCAGGCUGGAGAGGAUGUUAAUUAUAGCUGGGACCCCCAAGGCCAGCGGGCAGUUGUGUCUCACGGGGGGACCACUCUCAGCGUGUCCUGGAGAUCUGGGGUCAGUGACAGGUAUCGCUGUACUGCCAAGAACCCCAUCAGCCAGAGCUCCAGCUUCAUCCCUGUCAGGCCCCUCUGCUCAGAUUCCUUCCUACUCUGCUCCUUGAGGAAAGAGUUUCUUCUCUUUUUGAUCCUGGGAGCUUUGCAGAUUAAAUAG